UUUGCUCUGCGUGAUGCUUGUUAUUUGAGAAAAGGACGCAGGUGGACACAGUUGAAAAACAGACAAGCCAAUCAGAUUGCUCCGUCCUCCUUUAGCCAAUGACAGGCGCCACAUUGUUGUCAAAUUUGUCUAAUGAAAACGUAGGAGAGCAACAAUAGAGAGAGAGGGGGAUCUGUAUCCACUGGCGAUCUCUCGAGGAAGUUAGUGUCUCAUGCUGGAGCAGGGAGAACAAGCUCAGCUCACAUUUACUGAACUUCCUCAGCUCGUUACUCAUCGAUCUCUUGCUGUAUUUCUUUAGCUGGAAACUUUUCUUAGUGAACUUCUUCGUUUUUACAAAUUAUUUACAUGAUAGAACGCAAUUGCUGUUAACGUUUUUUCCACACUAAUGGACUGAUCGCGCAGAAAAACAACAACAACUAGAAUUGUAGUAAAACGUUUUGAAGACGUGUUUUUUUCUUUUCAAAAAUUUUUUGCAAAAUUAAUUUUGAACCCACCGAUCAUUUUAGAAUUGCAUCGAAUGCUUGUGCAGUUCAUUUGUUUGACGUGCGUCUUAAUUCAAGAAAUCAGCUUCUUCUUAAGCUCGACAAUCAGUCGUUAGGAGAAGAUCAUGGAUCUACGUCCGGAGCUUUCUGGCGCUCAGGCGGGCGCACAGGUUCACCACGGGGCCGCAGCAGCCGCCUCCAUCCCCGUGUCCAUGGCCAGCACUCUGCUGAGAGGCCCACCGCUGCUGCUGCGCCCUACAGAGAAAUAUCCCCGCACACCCAAGUGCGCCCGCUGCCGCAAUCACGGCGUUGUGUCGGCGCUGAAAGGACACAAACGCUACUGUCGCUGGAAGGACUGCAUGUGCGCGAAGUGCACCCUCAUAGCCGAGAGGCAGAGGGUGAUGGCCGCGCAGGUGGCGCUCCGCAGACAGCAGGCGCAGGAAGAAAACGAAGCCCGAGAGCUUCAGCUUCUUUACGGUACUGCAGAGGGACUCGCGCUGGCAGCAGCCAACGGCAUCAUCCCGCCCCGGCAGAACUACGAAGUGUUUGGCCAAGUUAGCAACGACAAUAAUUCUGAAUCUAACAUGCAGAAGUUUGAAUUAUUUCCUAAAACUCCACUUUCAGGAUCUGUUACCCCACAGCCCACAGCUGGAAAGUCUGUAUCUGCUGACACUGAAUCAGUAGCUGGGAUUUCUUCUCCAGAUGUACACCAUGGCUCUGGGUCUGAAAAUGGGGAUGGGGAGUCAUACAUCAGCUCUCCAGCUCCCAAACCCAUAAAAGACGGCGAGGAGACACCACCAUCGAUAAGUCCACUUGGCUCAGACUCAGACACAGACAAAGAUGAGCAAGAGCCAUCGCCCUCCUCUGCUUCAUCUCGCCACAUGAAUGCUAUUGACAUCCUUACCAGGGUGUUUCCGACACACAAACGCAGCGUCCUAGAGCUCGUUCUCCAGGGAUGUGGGAAAGAUGUCGUCCAGGCCAUUGAGCAAAUCCUAAACAACAGUGGACAGCCCAAACCUCCAGAGGAAGCCUGGUCAGCUGAGAGAUUGCUCCAGACCGCCCAGCAGCAUUUGUCCUCUGCUCCAAGGCCUGCGAUACCUGGAACCAUGACGCUCAGCAACAGGUCAGCCUUCUCUCCACUGCAACACAAUGGUCCACACUUUGGCACUGACCCCAGCACAUACCCUCUUGGCACACCUCUGGGCCUGAACCCACUUCGCCUGGCCUACUCGGCACAUGGCAGAGGGCUCACCUUUAUGACCCCUUACUCCACAACAGGCCUGAUGCCCACUCUGGGAUUUAGGCCACCAAUGGACUAUGCUUUCAGUGAUCUAAUAAGAGACAGGACUCUCCUACAUAAGGACCAGAGCUACACAAAUGGACUUUAUGGUCCCCUGGUUAACAACACUCCAGAAAAACAGUGAGCUGCUAUAUCUGGAAAAAACAGGACUGAAAAAAAAAAGGUGAAAAGGCUCAUGCAGCCAUUCUCAAGAAGUGUUCUGUGUCUAAAAUACUUCAGCCUCGUAUAUACUUAUCCUAAUGACGUUCUGUACAUCAUGUAGAUUUCUGAUUUACUCACCUGACAGAAUUAUUCAGAUGGCAUAAAGUGACAUUGUUGAGGUUGAUGUUGACGCUUGUGCUGAUGAUGGUUACCAUAAAAAAACUCUAAUUUAAACAGAUCUCGCUUGCGGGUGAAUCAAACUAAUCACAUGGAGUUCAAUUUGAAGAGUAACCAGUAUUUUCAUGUAAAUUGCGUAUUUUGAAUUCUUGACAUAUCUGUUACAAUUCUAUUAGAUUAUUUACUGAGCGGAUCAAGUCUCCGUGAGAUAAUGGUGCAAUUUAAACAUUUCUUCUCCGUCAUGUUCCUUUUUAUUAUUUUUUUAAAGAAAGAAAAUAAAGUACGAUACUAAUAUUAUUAUACGGUCUUCAAACGAUUUUUUUUUUAGCUGACACUCUGUAAAAUUGUGCCAUGUUUCAUUACGAAGACAUGAACAGUUCUAUUAAGAUGAUUGUUAAAGAUCCUGACUAAAGUAGAUUCUUUGACUCUUUUUGUGCUGUUGAUAUGUUGUGCUCCCGCAAUUAAAUGUUACAUUCAGUAAACAAUAAUCAUCAAAUUCAACGUCAUUUGCGCAGAAAACCGUGUUCGUGAUGAAUGAUAUCUUGCUUCGUUGUUACUGCUGUACAUUUAUCUAUGUGAAUUUUGAUAGAAAUAAAUGUUAUUUUAUACUUA